UGUAAAAAAUCGAUGUUAUUCGUUGUUCGCGCGGCCGCGAGAUUAUAUGGCGUUUCUCGUUCCUGAGUUUUGCUCGAUCGUUGCAAGAAUUAAACGACAUCCCGCGAUAAAUUUCUGACUGAACGUGAGGUGUGAUUGGAUAACUUGAGAUUAUUAUUCGAGACACAUAACCUGCUCCGACAUUACCGUUUCGUUCGUCGAAAGUGCGUGUUAUAAUUUAUUAAUUAUAUUGUUUUUGAUUGUAUUAUAACAGGUAACAGAAAUGUCGGCUAAAAGAUCAGCAACAACAGAUUUGAAUCAUGACAACUGGAACGAAGAACAUGAACCAGAGGAAGUGGGCACAUUUGUAAAAGCAUCUAAUGAUGUACUUGAGAAAAGAGUCUUUAAAACAGCCAGACGUCGGUUGCCACAAAGUAAUGAUGAAGGAGCCACUAAGAGUGCAUUUGGAACAUUUACAGGUUUCAAAACUACUCCUGUAACAAAUACGUCUCCAUUUAGUUUUCUAGCUAAUACGAGCACCAGCACGAGUACUUCUGCACUAAUGACCAGUUCGUACACAGGCAGUAAGAAUAUUGCAACCAAUGGUGCUUCUAAGAUCUCGAAAACUGACAAAGACAAAGAUGAUGAUAUUGUUGAUGUAGAAGUAAUAUCGAGCACAAGUACAAGCAAAAAACCACCGACAAAAGAGGAAGAAAAUGAAAAAACAAAGACUCACUCUUCGAGUUAUUACGCAAAACUGAAAGGACUGAAUGAAAGUGUAGCCUCAUGGAUAAAGGUUCACGUAGAUAAGAAUCCGUAUUGCAUAUUAACUCCGAUAUUUAGAGAUUACGAGAAAUAUUUGAAGGAGAUCACGUCAAAAGAGGAAAGCGCUAAACCUCAGACCCCGCAUGCUUCGGAACUCGCAGCACAAACCGCGACAAACGACGACAAGAAAGAUACGAACAAAAACAAACCUGACAGUUCUCCGUUCGGUAACUCGCUCGCCAAUAUAAAGACUGCUGUUUCAACCCCAGCAGCGGAUUUCAAACCGCCGGAGAAAUCAAUAUUCUCCAAUGUUGCGAGUACCAAAUCAAUAUUUGGUAAUUCAGAACAACAAAAGUUUGUAUUUGGCAGUAGUACAGAUAAUACUACUGAGAAAAAUAAAUCUAUUUUCGGAAACACAGAAUCGAACGUCGCUAGUAAAAAUAUUUUUGGCAACGCAAAUGUGGAAAGUAAUCCAUUUUUAAACAAACCUUCUGUUUCGGAGGACAAAAAACCGGACGAGGAGGAAGGGAAGCCUAAAACAAAGCCGGUAGCUCCCACCUUUCCGAUUUCCACUUUCAGCUUUGGACAGAGUUCCACCAACAAUGUGACUGCUGGAUUUAGUUUUGGAGGUGCGAAGCCAUUCACAUUUGCUCCUCAAUCGGUCAAAUCAGAGGUACAAGAUUCCGAGGACAAAGGGGAGAGUGAAAACAAAGAUGAUGACGAUGAAGAACCGCCGAAACCUGACUUCAAGCCGGUAACUGAAGAAGGUGCUAUUUACGAACAAAGAUGUAAGGUCUUUGUGAAGAAAGAUGGCAAUUAUAGCGAUAGAGGUGUCGGGAUGUUGUAUUUGAAACCGACUCCGAACGGAAAGAUGCAAUUAAUAGUACGCGCCGACACUUCUCUGGGUAACUUAUUACUCAACACGUUGUUGACUUCAAGCAUUCCAACUAAGCUUAUGAAUAAGAACACGAUAAUGUUGGUCUGCCUGCCGUUGCCCGAUUCAACGCCGCCGCCAGUUCCAGUGUUGUUGAGAGUGAAAACUAGUGAGGCUGCGGACGAACUACUUGAAACAUUGAAUAAACAUAAAAAAUAAACGAUAAAUUAAAUAUAUAUAUAUAUAUAUAUACUUGUAAAUGUGCAAAGUUCUGCAGACAUAUUUCCUCAUCGUUAUUAACUACUAUAAGAGUCUUGCUCUUGAACCUUAUUUAUUCUGACAAAACUCAUGACGAUCAGAAAAAAAAA